CGCGAGCUGGGAAGGACCACGAAUGAAAGCUAAAACUAAACCCAGCCCAUCAAUUAGUGGUACGCGUCAUGCGUUUACUUACGCUUUCGCGUCACAGUGCGCCGAGGGUUUUGGCGUUCUAUACGGGCGCUUUCACGAAACUGUCUGACAAACACAACCACUUCACACGCGAUAAAAAAAUGUGCCCUGUAAGCUACCGCUGCUUAGACCUUCUGCUGCUUCUUCAGCUGAAGAUUAGUUGAAAAGGGUCCGACGGGUGGGCGUGGUCUUAAAAUCGUGUCCGCCUACGUAUAAUUAUACCUCGCUUCUUCACACUCGCUCAUGCGCAUAAGGGUAAGUUCGAAGUUCGUUCGCAUAUAAUUAUUAUAUCUUGCUGUUGACAAUGGUGGUGUAUAUCAGGGGUCUAUGGAUUAUAGCUAUUGCAUUUUGGAGUGUAUUAGGAGAAAGAAGUGAAAAGGGCUCAAAUAAACUUGAAAGUAGGGUUUCGCAGUUGUUGGAAUGGAAUUCUCGUCGAUCAGUGAUCACUCUAUCUUCUGAUAAAUUUAAUGCGUAUGUGCGGUCCAAGCCGCGAAAUUAUUCUUCCGUAGUUAUGUUUACAGCUCUAAAGCCUGGAAGAGGUUGUAGCAUUUGCAAGGAUGCUUAUGAUGAAUACCAGAUUGUUGCAAAUUCUUGGCGAUAUUCGAAUGACUACUCAUCGAAAUUAUUUUUUAUUAUGGUUGAUAUUGAUGAGGAUGGGGUUGAUGCAUUUCAGCAGUUACACAUCACAACUGCUCCUACUUAUUUUCACUUUCCACCAUUGGGGAAACGGAAACCUGAGGAUCAAUAUGACGUUUCCAGGAACAGCUACCAGGCUGAACCUCUGACUAAGUGGGUUGUGGAGAGAACUGGUGUGCCAGUAAAUGUAAUGCGUCCUCCAAACUACACACUUCUGAUGAUUUGGCUUCCUGUGAUAUUGCUCGCCUUUAUUAUUGGCUACCUCAAAAGAGAAAAUUUACAUGCAAUCUAUGAGCCAAAAUAUUGGGCUAUUGCUUCAAUGGCAUGGAUUUUUGUUAUGAUAUCUGGACAGAUGUGGAAUAAUAUUCGGGGCCCUCCAUUUGCACAUAAAGAUCCGCACACUGGUGCUACUGUAAGUAUAGGUUUAGUAUUACUAACAUUUAUUAGGUAUUUGCAUUGUGUGUACCUGCAUCAUAGAUGUAUUUGGCUGAGAUAGAGAUUUUGUUCUUUAAUGGUAAUUAAUGGGUAAUUACGGUUAAAACGGAAGUAGGCGGGCAAGCACGCGCAUACAAAACAGACGCGCAACGCGGCAGUGUUCACACUAUCGCGUAUCGCAGUGUUUGCAGCGCGUUCUGCCCGCCAAAGCCACUCAUAAUUCUAACCGCCAUGGCGACACAAGCAGAUCUCCGCACCGCGGACUUGGACUCGCUGCUCAAGGCGCAGCUCACCCAACUUUGCAGGACAACGGUCUCCCAACCGGCGGUCUUAAAUCAUCCCUGAUCGCCCGACUGCUGACCCUGCGCUCCCAGCUA